GGCCGGCGCCAUCUUUUCGAGCCGCCUAUUUCGGGUGCCGCCAUGUUGGUGAGGAGAAAUCACCGUUACGGCCACUGUCCAAAUGCCCGCGUCGCCGCCCGCUCCCACGCCUCAGCCACCGGCGGCGAAUAGAGACUAGAGCGGCAGCGCCGGCAGCGCGGGGGCCGUGGCCCAGUGUGUGCAGUUAGAGCCCCAUCUCUCUGGCGUGGUUGUUAAUAGACUGGAAAGUCUGUGUCUGUGUCGCUCACUAGUAACCGUGAGUUUUUACCACUUCGUCACCUGUCGGCGGCGGCCGGGAGCAGGUGCCCGCAGGCGGCGCAGGGGGGUCCGCCCCGCGCCCCGCCGCCGCCGGCCUCGCAGACCUGCCCUCCAGCCCCCCCCGUUCUUGACCAAACAUGACAGACUGUGAACAUGCAGGGCACGACAGAGAAGAUGGUGAAUUGGAAGAUGGUGAGAUAGAUGACGCAGGAUUUGAAGAAACACAGCAACAGGAAGCAAAGGAAGAUAAAAAGCAGAAAAAUGACAAAAAUGACAAAAACGAAAAAGCCUACCGAAAAUCAAGGAAAAAACACAAGAAAGAAAGAGAGAAGAAAAAAUCCAAAAGGAGAAAACGUGAAAAACAUAAGCAUAAUUCUCCCUCUAGUGAUGAUAGUUCCGACUACAGCCCUGAUUCAGACGUUGAACAUACAGAAAGUUCCCAUAAAAAAAGAAGUGGUUUCUACAGGGAUUAUGACAUUCCAUUUUCUCAGCAUGGACACGUAUCAGGAAGCUACAUGACAUCAAAGAAGGAUCAACAUAAAAAAUUCAAGAGUAAAGAAUAUGAUGAGUACAGUGCCUACAGUGAUGACAACUUUGGUAACUACAGUGAUGACAAUUUUGGUAACUACGGUCAGGAAACAGAGGAAGAUUUUUCAAGACAGAUGAAGCAAUAUAGACAUGGUAAAGAAUCCUCAAGCAGUGCUUUAGGUUCAUCAUAUUCUAAAGAUCCAGGGAAAAAACAGAGGAUGAAAGGAAUUCAGCAAGGUACAGAGCAGAGAGCUAAAAGUUUCAGUAUCGGUCGUGGACGUAGUUUGCCAAAGAAAAUCAAGCGAAAAGACCGUGGGGGAAGAACGAACAAGGGACCUGUUUACUCGGGGACGGAUGACUAUCAGGAGUAUAGUAAACCAGGGAAAAAGUGGAAAGUUAUGACUCAGGAAUUUAUUAAUCAGCAUACAGUGGAACACAAAGGAAAACAAAUCUGUAAAUACUUCCUGGAAGGGAGAUGCAUUAAGGGAGAUCAAUGUAAAUUUGAUCAUGAUGCAGAGUUGGAGAAGAGGAAAGAGAUCUGCAAAUUUUAUUUACAAGGAUAUUGUACCAAAGGAGAGAACUGCAUUUAUAUGCAUAAUGAAUUUCCAUGUAAGUUCUAUCAUACUGGUGCAAAAUGUUACCAAGGAGACAACUGUAAAUUUUCCCAUGAUGAUCUGACUAAAGAGACGAGGAAACUUUUGGACAAAGUAUUGAAUAAUGAGGAAGAGCUUAUAAAUGAAGAUGAAAGAGAAUUAGAAGAACUCAGAAAACGUGGCAUAACUCCUCUUCCCAAACCACCCCCAGGAGUUGGGCUUCUGCCAACCCCAUCGGAACAUUUUCCCUUUUCUGAUCCUGAAGACGAUUUUCAGACAGAUUUUCCUGAUGACUUCAAGAAAAUCCCCUCACUCUUCGAAAUAGUUGUAAAACCUACUGUGGAUUUAGCACAUAAAAUUGGGAAGAAGCCACCAGCAUUUUAUAACAGUGCCUCACCACCAGGACCACAGUUUCAGGGAAGCAGCCCACACCCUCAGCACAUCUACAAUUCUGGGUCAAGUCCAGGUCCAGGACCUAAUGUGUCUCAUGGAUGCAGCAGUCCUGUGAUGCACCCAGGCUCUCCUGGGCAUCACACAUGUGCAGGACCUCCUGGCAUGUCAAUGCGACAGAGCCCACCUUUGCCGCCUGGUCCACCUGAAAUUGUAGGUCCUCACAGUCAAGCUGGAGUAGUUGUCCAAUCGGAUGCACCUUUGACACCACCAAAUAUGAGUGGGGUUUACCACUCUCCUGCAUUUUCAGGACAUGGGAUGAAGGUCCCUCGAGAGAAUCACUGUUCUUCAGGUUCAUCCUACCAGCAAGGUCCUGGUGAAAUGCCACUCAACACAAACUAUGAAUCGCUACAAGCUGCAGACGAGUUUUAUAGUAGUUACUAUUCACAGCAUGCUGUACAUGACUUUCAGACACCCAGUAGCUGUGGUGAUGGGAUGUGGCAUGAGGAGUUUGCCCAGCAGCCCCCUGUCGUUCAGGACUCACCUGGUCUCGGGAGUGGGCCCGACAGCAGCAGCAACAUGACCGGCCAUGGCCCCUUGUCUGCUCCUGGGCUCCUCCCUGCCGUGCAGAGAGCCCUUUUUGUCAGGCUGACUCAGAGGUACCCAGAAGGUGAAGAACCAGCCGGCACCCAUCCUCAUCGGGCACCAAGCAAGGAAGAAGAUGAUACGGUUAACUGGUACUCCAGCAGUGAAGAGGAAGAAGGAAGCAGUGUCAAGUCAAUACUGAAAACAUUACAGAAACAAACAGAAACUUUAAGGAACCAGCAGCAACCUUCCCCAGAACUCAGCACUCUCACUGAUCCAAGACUUGCUAAGGAGAAAAAUAAAGGCCAUCAAGUGGUUGACCCUAGACUUAGGACUAUCUCAAGGCAAGACGUGCGGAAGCCUUCUGAGUCUGCCCCGCAGGAUCUUAGACUUGCGUGGGACCCCAGGAAAUUAAGAGGGAGUGGAAGUGGUCAUGGAGGCUCUUCUGUUGGUGGAGCAAAGUUGGAUUUACAUCAUACAAACACCGGUUCUAGUGUCAGACACAAAAGAGGGGAUGAUGAUGAUGAAGACACAGAAAGAGAACUGAGAGAAAAAGCCUUCCUCAUACCUUUGGAGCCUUUACCUGGUGUCAUGCUCCAGGAUCCGAGGUCCCAGCUGAGACAGUUCAGUCACAUUAAAAUGGACAUUAUCCUAGCCAAACCCAACUUUGCAAAACACAUUGUGUGGGCUCCUGAAGACUUACUUCCAGUACCUUUACCUAAACCUGAUCCAGUAUCUUCAAUCAAUUUACCUCUGCCCCCUCUUAUAGCUGACCAGAGGCUCAGUAGGUUAUGGAAUACAAAAAGUGAUCUUCAUCAAAACAUAGUAUCUGUUGAUCCAAAAUCAGCAGUGAAAGCCAAAAGUAACACAACAAACAGAGAAGGCUACUUAGAACAAUUUGGGGACUCACAUAGUUCAGGAAGUAAAUUAGGAGAUCCUAGGCUGCAAAAGAAUUUCGACCCUAGGCUUCACAGAUCGUCCCAUUCAGACUCUCACCAGGCUGUGAUGAAGGAAUCCCGUGUAUCAAAGGGUACCCCUCCUUCAGCCAGAUCCAACUCUGGCUCUUCACAGCCGUCUGGAGCAGUAACUAGCGGUUGUAGCUCUGGGGCCCUGCCUCCCUAUGCCCCUAAACUCUCCUCAUCAGCAGGCCUUCCCCUGGGAUCUCAAAGCUCUGCCCUUAGUGCUAUCAGUCUGUACAACCCUAGGGAGCAGGGCUCAUCUACGUCAGAGACAGCAACAGCUUCUGCAGGAGAAAAUGCAGAGAAUGAGAAAAAAGAUGAUGGGUUGAAAAGUAAUGACAAAAGUGAGCCUUCUGCUGGAGAAGCAGUUCUGUCACAGAAGAGCUCUCCAAGCGUGGAAGUCGCUGUUGAAGGGCCAUCUGACACGCAGGCCGAUAGUCUGAAAAGUUCCAGUAAGGGUCAGUUCCCAGCAGUGCACACUCUUCCUAUUCAGGCACUCACAGGCUUAAUCAGACCCCAGUACAGCGACCCAAGGCAAGCCAAGCCCCUUGGACAGGUGAGCCCAGUCCCAGACAGUGAGCUCAGUAGAGAAACAGAUGACAAGUCUCUCAAAGAGGUUUUUAAAACUUUUGAUCCAACUGCUUCACCGUUUUGUUAGCUAUUGUGUAAUUGAGCAUUUCUUUUCAUUCUUGUGACUAUUGCAGUCCUCUGCUGUUUUGUACCUGGUUUACCUCUAUAGUUUAUUUAUUUUUAAAUUAUAAACACUUUUCAGCUGCUAGUAUCAGAACCACAUGAAGUUAUAUCCUGUAAAGCCUGUGGUAUUUUAUAUAUAAUAUUUUUAUAACUUUAAGAGACUGUAGUAAUUGACAUAGACACUUAUAUAUCAUGUUAGUUUUAGUAAAAGUACUUUUAUUGUAAAUAAUCCAUCAUGAAUGCAGUACCCUGCCUGAAUAUAUGCUAGUUGUCUUUCAUAAUCACUGUUUAGAUAAAUGAUUACCACUUUUAUAUGGUUGUUUAGUUUUCAGCAAUUGAUGUAUCAUACUUUUGAGAAACAGUAUUUUGACUAAAACUGUCUUUGUCAGCCCAGAACUGAUUAGUAUGUAAUGCCAACUGCUAACUAAAAUGCAAAAUGAAAUGAAGAAAAUAGUUUACAAUCAAAAUUAGCAGAGCAGUUGCUGUUCAAGGGCAUCACAUUAUUAGUAUUGGUAAUAUUAUUUGUAUAAAUGAGGCAUUUGAAUGUCAUAUCUUUUAAAGGUAUUUGAUUGUCUGCUGUAUCAGAGACAUUGGAAGGUGUAUAAACAGAAUGUUUUGUUAAAGGGAAAGACUCCCAAGUUCUCUAACAUAACUUUUUAAAUUUAAUUUUUCAUAUCAAAUAGUCAUGAAUUACUGCUAUUACAUUGUGGUGUUUAUGUAUUUCAAUGUCUUGUCUUUAGCAGCAUAAUUCAUAUUACUUUUUCAAAUAAUGUAGUUGUAAUAAUUGUACUCAUCAUGGUUUUGGCAGUUUUAACAAAAUUUUAAAAGAUGGUGAGUCUGUAGUGAUUACUACAUUGAUCAUGUUUUCAAUGUUUAGUUUCUAUAUUUUUUCUUAAACAGCAAGAAAACAUAUAGGUUGCAGGUAUAUUCAGCUAUCUAUCUCUUAUCAAUAAAAAGAACCUCUUACAGUUCUUACCUGACUGGCAUUCUGUAACAGAGGGGAGUACCUGGUGUUUUAAGUAUUUAAUGCCCUCCUAUUUUGGAAACAUAAAUUGAUUAGAAAUUGUAUUUUUAUGAAAAAAAACUUGCAUUUAUUCUUUAUUAGUUGCAGUACAUAGGUAACAGCAGCUGUGCUUUAUAUAUACAUGACUUCCCACUGAAAGUAUUACACUGAUACAUAGCUCGAACUGGAGUCAUGUCACCAUUUGCUGUGAACUUAUUGGUAAGUCCAGUAAGUGACUUGGAAAGGGGGUAUAAUAAAAUCAGCUGAAAACAGCUCCCUUUGAGAAGUGAUUAUAAGAAACUGUAGCAAAAUAUUUCUGUGGGAACCUUAAUAUUACGCAUAUGGCCUAGUAAUAAUUUAAUCCUUUCUAUUCACUUCUCUCUUCACUUUUACUUGCUUCAGUUCCAUGUAAGACAAGGAAAAGAGGUCACAGCUUAGUGAACAAAACUGCUUAUCUGUGAAGUUCGUUGUAUUCUGGGUAGAAGGACCAUUACUUGAGGGAAUGUGGAUUCUUACUGUUUAUACUUUGGUUGCAAUUGUUGCCUAAAAAAUUGCCCCACAUACACUUGUGGGUUUAAAAAUGCAGUUUAAAGUUGCCAUAGAAGUAUUUUCUGAUUUAGUGUCUGAAUGAAUUGGAAAGUCAAUAAAAUGGUUAAAACCUGACAGAGAAAAAAAUACACAUACACAUGCAUAUAUAUAUAUAUAUAUAUAUAUAUAUAUAUAUACACACACACAUAUAUUUACCAGGAUCAAAUCAGCAGGACUUCUGGACUUUAAUAAUAAAUGAAAUUUUUUAAGCCAACCUCUUAUCUAUGUAUUUUGUAAUUCUAAUGCUAAGUAAUAAAGCUCAGACACACAAGGAAAGAAUUUGGCAAAGAGCAUGUCCUCAACUGCCUGUUGAGAGGUCUGUGUCUCCCAGCAGAGGGCGCGACUUGCAUUCCCAGCUCUGGCUCCUGCCUUCAGCUUCCUGCUGGUGCAGUCCCUGGGAGGUCUGUGUUCCUGCCACUUGGCUCCCAGCCUGCCCUGUCCAGCCCUGGCCGUUACAGGCAUUUGGGAAGUGAGUGAGCAGCAAAUAAGGGAUCUCUUGCUCGCACUCUUGGCUCACCCCACUCUCUUUUCCCCUCACCUCCUUUUUACCCUUCUCAAAUAAAUAAAAAAAGUUUUAAAUGUGGGAUUAAAAUUUUUGGUAGAAAUUCUUUUUUAUUAUUAAAGGAAAUGUCAAAUUAUUGGUUUAAAGUGAGAUUUAAAAGUCAUGAAUGCAGUCUGCAGUAUUGGUUAAUUCAUUAGUUUCCAUACCAGGGUGGCAGGAACCCAAUAAUUUGAGCUACUAAGGCCGUGUCUCAGGACCUUCAUUAAGAGGAAGCUGAUAAUCUAACCCAGGCACAGGUGUCUUAACAGGCUAACCAUCUGUUCCUGAGUCACUUCAUCCUGGUUUGUGACAGAAAUUUUAAACUUGAUUACAUUCAUGUUCAGUAGAUUGGGGUUUAUCACUGUUUUGAAUUUGAACACUAAAAGAACAUCAUGAUUUAGAUUUAGCAACUUCUUUCCCAUGUCUUGAUUGAAACUCAGUUCCGAACCUCAAAAACAAGUCAGGUGUUGGAAUGAAUUCCAUCUCUGACUCUGCAGCAGCAUGCAUUUCUGUGUGGACCUUAUGUCUUCCAACCAAAUGCUCCAGACCCCACAAUUAGUCUGUACCAGAGCAGCCUAAUGAUAAAAUGAAGUCUACUUAGGUUUCUUCGUCUAUUUUACCUGCUAUGGGAUUCGUACUUAAUAGUAUU